GAGGUGUUCAAGAUGGCGGCGCCCUGUGGAGUGCAGUUGCUUUAACAGUGGUGCCUGGAGACCAUUUUGUUGGGCACCCCAGGGACCCCUCCAGGCUGGACCGAACACGGGCCGCUGUGAGAGUGACGUCUGAGAGACCUUCCCCUCUCCCUAGUCCGUUUCAUAGACACCCAUCUCCGAACCCUCCUGCGGUGUCUUUACCAUCAUGUCCAGGGAACAGCUGAACGUGGGGGACCUGCUCCCUCUUCUGGAGACCUCUGACCUUCGCCAGCUGGACGAGAUCAAGGGCCUUAUCAAUGAACACCUCAACACAGAUCGGGGGUCCAUGCUGCUGAAUGGUUUGGUGGACUAUUUCCUAGAGACCAACUCUGCUCAGGCUGUGCACAUUCUGUCCUCAGUGAGGGAGCCGCACGAUAAGCACCUUUUUGAUAAAAUGAAUGAAUGCAUGGCUAAGGCCCCCUGUCGCCUGCCCACUCUCACUCUACUGGGGCACGUUGUCCGUAAGCAGCCAUCUUGGAUCCACAAGAUCGCUCGCUAUCCACUACUGCUCUCUCUCCUCAAAUGCCUCAAGACAGACACCGAUGUUGUGGUUUUGAUAACUGGAGUCCUGGUUCUCAUCACUUUGUUACCCAUGAUCCCUCAAGCUGGCAAGCAGCAUCUCUAUGAGUUCUUUGACGUAUUUGGACGUCUGGCCUCCUGGAACCUGAGAAACCCAGGUCACGUACCAGAGGUUUAUCUCAUCCACCUCCAUGCCAGUGUCUACUCACUCUUCCAUCGACUCUAUGGGAUGUACCCCUGCAACUUUGUGUCCUACCUGCGCUCCCACUACAGUAUGAAGGAGAACAUGGACACCUUCGAAGAGGUGGUCAAGCCAAUGCUUGAGCAUGUCAGAAUACACCCCGAGUUAGUGACUGGAACCAAGGACCAUGAGCUCGAUCCCAGCAGGUGGAAAAGAUUUGAGAUUCAUGACAUUGUUAUCGAGUGUGCCAAAGUCUCUCUGGACCCGAAGGAGGCAUCCUGUGAAGAGGGCUAUGCCACCAUGCCUGAGCAUUUCUGUUCCCAUCUACAGCAACGUCCGGCUGAUUGCACUGCCAGCCCUUACGGCGACUUCCACAGCAGCUAUGGAAGUUCUUCCUCAACACAUUUCUCUACCCCUCGUCAGCCUGUCGUCCCUCCCUUGGCCCUGCCCUCUUUCUCAGGGUCUCAGCCCCCAUAUCGCAGCCCCAUUGGAACCUGUCAGCAGAACUCCAGCUGUGAAUUUAAUGCCACAUAUGGUGUUAUGGAUUCCCUCUGGAGCCCCUCCUCCCAAUGUGGCAUGGCCACACCCCCUUCCUCACGUGGGAUGUCCCCAAACCUGGAACUGUCCCAGAUUACCUCUCACCUACCUAGUCGCCUCUACAGCACACCUGCAAGUGGUAAAGGCACCCCAUCCUCCAGCACCCCCGCGGCCUCCUCACCUCCUCCCAGUCUCUCAGAUGAGUUUACCCAUGUGUCCAUGCCAUGCAGCACUUCCAGCCCGCCAUGCAAGGAUGGUAGACUUUUAGACCACACCAAACCUGCCUUGGUCAGGCAGGAGCCAAUCAGAGAGCUUGAGAAAAUUGGGCCUGAAACAACCAAUCACAGAGAUGGCAGAAAAGACAACAUGCCCAUGACGCUGACCGAGCUCUCAGGCUACAUGAAGGAGCAAGAGCAAAUGAGGAUUGAGAAGGAGAGGGAGGACGCUGCCAUCACAGAAGAACUUUUAAAGCUGACUGAGGACAAGCGGGAUUUAGCUAGACUUUGUGGCUUUGACUCACCAUUCCUCAGCACCACAGAAACCUUAACCGGAGCCCAGGAGAAACUCCUACCCUGUUCUUCCCUGGUUGGCUCGAUUAGAGACCCGCACAAUAACAUCUCCACCCCCGACAAGACUGACUUCACACCCGGGGACAGAGGCAGAGUCAGCAGAGUAAUGUCCCAGGAGCAUCCCUGGACUUUCCAACCAGUGUUCACGCCCAUUGAGCACCCAACACACAGCCACCACCAUCAGAGCCCCUCUGCACCUGGGGAUGAGGCCCUUAAAUACGGCUUGUGUUCCCCUAGUCCAUGCAAACCACCACCCCUACCGUACGAGGCUCUGUUUGACAUGGCCCUGCCCCGGGUGGCCUCCAUGUUUGUGGGAAGGAAGACCUCAGAAAUUGUGAGGUUCCAGAGAGGUGACAUGGGCAAGGAAGUGGAGGAAGAGGGUGUACAGGGUGUUGUGACUCCCUCCCCAUUGGAGGUGCUGGAUCGCCUCGUGCAGCAGGGCAGCGACGCCCAUGAUAAAGUACUGAAGAGAUUACCGCUGCCAAGCAAGUCAGCUGACUGGACACACUUUGGAGGUUCUGCUCCCCUGGAUGAGCUGCACACACUGCGCAGCCAACUGCUUCUGCUACACAACCAGCUCCUGUACGAGCGUUAUAAGCGAGAGCAGCAUGCUGUCCGUAACCGUCGUCUGCUUCGCCGCAUCAUAAAUGCCACUGCACUUGAGGAACAGAAUAACGCUAUGAAGGCCCAGCUGAACCUGCAGAAUGUGGAUGUCAUGUCUCUGAAAGAGAGCCUGCAGGUGGAGCAGCAGAGAUACAGGCAGCUCUGGGAUGACAGAGAGACAGUAAUUACAUGCCUGCAUAGCCAGAUACGGCAACUACAGCAGGCCAAAGAUGACUACUAUACCAAAAACCAGGAGUUACAGAGUAAGUUACAAGAAUGCCAGAAGCAAAUAGGCGAGAUAGAGGCGGAACUUCAGAUAGCGAACAACAAGGUGUGCCACACAGGACACCUGCUGAACCAGCUCACAGCUAAGUUAUCCUCGAGUGAAAGUAUUCAGCAGCAGUUGAGUUUUCUCAAUAAACAGCUGUUGCUGUUGGGAGAAGCUCAUAAACUGUGUGUUCAGGAGUUGCAGCAGGCCGGACCAGACACAAGCAAGGAGGUGCAGAUGCUGCAGACAUCUUGGGGGAAGGAGACAGAAUGUCUAAAGCAGAAUUUGUUAUUGCAGAACCAAAAGCUUGAUGCUGCUCAGCAGAGAGUGGCAGAACUGGAGACACAACUCUCCAAGAAAGAGCACCUGAUUGUAGAACAAAAGAAGUUCCUUGAAGAUGUCAAAGCCCAAGCCAAAGGGGAGCUGCAGGCCUCUGAGGGCAGGUAUCUGGCCCAGCGGCAGAUAACUCUGGCUCUGCAGAAUGAGCUGUUGCAGCUGUACAGCAGACUGGAAACUGAAGAGUCCUCUGCCACUGCUUCAGCCUCACCAGCAGAGGGUGCCGCUGAGCCCCGUAGUUCUGCAGAGUCUAGUUGUUACAGUUGUUUCUGGUGUCACAGUGUCAUUGUGGUGGACAGGCCAGUGAAAACCUCCACCAAAGAGGACGGCAAGUCACCUCACGGCAACGGCAGCACUUUAUCAAUAGGGCAACAGAAGACCAGCCCCACCAUGGCCACCUCUGUUAACAGCAAUCGAGGCACUCCCCCACCUGUCUUAGUGGAACCGCCCCCUCACCGUCCUCAUUCCCCACUGGGUCCACCAGGACCACUGGUCCCCUCUGACACCCCCCUCACUGUAGGCUCUUACCCCAGUGCUAAAAGCUUUCUAGGCAUGCGAGCACGAGAGCUGUUCCGCAACAAAAGUGAGAGCCAGUGCGAUGAGGAUGAAGCUCCUCCUCCACGUCUCACUGGCCUAUCACAGGGCCUGAAGACUGAGCUCUGUGUGGAGCCAACAGUGAAAAGUAUACCCAGGGCUCCCGGCUCCUUCUCUGUGCAGAGCUUCACGCUCAUCACAUCUGCUAAAGAAGCUCAGCCUGAUACUCAUAGAGCCAAUAACCGAAACACAUUCAGCUCAAGAUGCCCAGAGCGACCCAUGCAGCAACCGUUAAGGAUCAUGGACUAUAAUGAAGGUCACCAGGAGCACAGCUAAAGUUAUUUAAUACAGUACAAGAGAGACAGUAGACCAAGUCCAAACCAGACUUGGUGUGUGGAGAGAUGUCCAAAUUUAGAUAUUAGAGUGUAAGGCAAGACUCUUUUAAUUCUCUGUGUUAUCUGUCUCAUUUCCACAAGCAGACAACAGGAUUUGGAGACAAUAAAUUAGUAAAACCCUCAUAAAUUUGAAAACAUGGACUAAAAUCAUUCAUAAAACCAUUUUGAAGUAUUUUAUAACAUUACAUUUUUUUGUGACAAUUUACAUAAGAACGGAUGCAUAUUUUAUGCAAAUUCGUUCUGCUCAUGUUUCACGAAUGAGGCCCAGUGUCUUUCACCGAGUGCACACUCUGUGUCAACAUAAAUUUUACUGCUACAUCUUUAAGUAUUGUUUUGCUAAUUUAUCAGUUCUCUUUAAAAGAACCAAGUUGCUGUUGCAGCACAUGGAAGCUUUGAGUAUAGUCUAUUAGAAGCAAUAUUAUUGAUUCAGUUGUAGUAAAGGUACAGUUCUUACACCCUCCCAGCUCAUCCGCACAGAGCUGAAUGUGUGGAUCUGUUAUUUUGUGCCAAGCAGGAGUCAGUGUUUCUUUAAAAACCAUCAGGUUUUAACUUGAGAUAUGUUAAGAGCUUUUUCAUGUGCUGAAAUCAUGUGUUUCUUUACAAUGUUAAUGUGUGUAUGUAUGUACAAUGUCUGCCUGUGUGUAUGAUGUAUGUGGGAGCCCACCAGUGGUAUGAAAGUAAUGACUUGUACCCCAGACUCAACUUAAAUUUCACUGUCGGUAGUUAUUAAUCAUGAAAAAAACCCUGUUUAGUCAUGUACUAGACUUAAUCUGGGUCUGGGAAUUGGGCUCUAAAUGUUACAACCACAACAGAAGGAUGGUCUGAUAUGCUUCGUGGAGCUUUUUAUAUGCAUAGAAUUUUUACACUAUUUAUUUCUUUUGUCCUCAAUUGCUUUUAUGUGAAAAACAGCCUUUCAAGUUGAUUUUGAGGAGACUAUUACCAGUCACUGUGUUUUUUAAAAGUCCAGUCUAUUUAUUUUGACAUUGUAAUUGAAGGGAAUUUUUUCCCCCAACAAUGUCCAUAAAAGUGUUAUCAUAUGCCACAACUAUGGCCGGUACUAAGGUUGCAGUGCCCCCUAGAUUUUCCUCAUGUAAAACUGUGCUGCACGCGGAAAGUAAGUGCUUGCUGUGUCGAUGACUAAAUUUGCGCCACACUCUAUGUACAUGAGACGUAGAGGCAUGCAGAAAACCGAAGUGUACUUUUGUCUUUAAGAAUUGUAUCCUUCCAUAAUCCCUAUCGAGAUUUUGUAAUUAGUGGCUAUUAUCCUAACAGUCAAACAUGAAACAGUUUGACAAUAUCAUAAUUCACAGUCUCUUACAUCUCUGUAGAAUGAGAUAACUGAAAAUGUACAUAAUUUGCAUGAAUUCCACCAAACUGUAGACAUGAACUGGAUGAGAAACUUUUCGUAAAAUUCUUUGUUUUAUUUCUGUCACAUCCUGGCUUUGGCGUGGUUUUUGAUGACUAACCAGCUUUGGUUACCUCUCUUUAAAGGGAUCGUUCACACAAAAUAAAAAUUCUCAUCACUCACCCUCUUGCCAUCCCAGAUGUGUAUGACUUUCGUUUUUCUGCUGAACACAAACAAGGAUUUUUUGAAGAAUAUAUCAGCUCUGUAGGUCCUCACAAUGUAAGUGAAUGGUGAAUGCUCCAUAAAGGCAGCUUAAAAUGUAAUGUAAGACUAAUGGUAAAAUCCAUACCUUCAGAAGAGAUAUGAUAGGUGUGGGUGAAAAACAGAUCAAUAUUUAAGUUGUUUUUAAAUUAUCCUCCCUGCCCAAAAGGUGUUGAUAUGCAUGUAGAAUUCAAUUUGCCAAAAACAAAGAAGAAUGUGAAAGUGGAGAUUGAUUUAAAAAAAAAAAAAAAAGACUAGAAUAUUGAUCUGUUUCUCAUCCACACUUAUCGCUUCAGAUGACUUGGAUUUAAUCACUGGAGUCAUAUGGAUUACUAUUAUGUUGCCUUUAUGUGCUUUUGGAGCUUCAAAGUUUUGGUACCACUCACUUUCAUUGUAUGGACCAACAGAGCUGAAAUAUUCUUCUAAAAAUCUUUGUUUGUGUUCUGCAGAAGCAAGAAAGUCAUACACAUCUGGGAGGACAUGAGGGUGAGUAAAUGAUAUGAGAAUUUUCAUUUUUGGAUGAACUAUCCCUUUAACCCUAUCACUUCAGUGCACUGCAGUUAAUUGAAUACUAUUACUAAUUUUGCUUUGUAAGUGCCAAAUAAUCGAUUAGACAGUGACAAUAUUCUGUAGAGUUUUGAUACUGGUUUUGUGUAUUAUUCAAGCACAUCUAUUCGUAUAUUUGCAUAGCAGUUAGAGGGGUAAAUACGUGACAAUUCUUUAUCAGUUGGAUUGUUUUACCAGGAAUGUGAGGACACUAUUUGUUGAGAUAUUUCUGAGUUGAAAGUGGGAGGACCGUAGUGAUGAGAACUGUAUAACGCCAAGUAGACAGUGUAAAAUUACACUGAAUCUCCACUAGAUAGCCAAAUUGACAUUCAAAGGCGUCAUUUAUGAAUUGUAACCAAAUCCUGUUGUCCCCUUUAAGUCUCUGCUGUUCCUUCUGCCUUGCUAUCUAGAGCAUGUACACAACAAUCCUCUUGUAAUGUCACCAAUAGGAACUAUGACUUAACAAGACACAAGGUACAAUCAGUGUGAAAUGAAAGGAACGUAUGAAUUUGAGCUCCGUCUCUGGAGAUGAAAGUUCGGGGGUUUGUUGGGGGAGGGAAGGCAGGGUUGGUUAGAAAAGGUUCUUAAAGCAGUUGCUUGUGUUAACUGUGAAUGACAAAAAUAAAAUCGUCUUCAAUGUU